AUGGUUACUUUUUGUGGCAGGAAAGAGCCACGCAAACAAGACAGUAAAUGGUCUGUUUUGGUUUGUAUCUGUGCCACUAUCUCUCAAGCCUUGUUGAUGGGCAUCGCGCAAGAUUUCGGUGUCUUUUUGCCGGUGAUUAUGAAUGAGUUCUACUCUAGCAGAGAACACACAGGUAUUGGACUUGCUUUCAUUUAUUCCGAUUGAAGAGGACACCACGUAGUAUAUGUUUAUGUCUUUGUCAAUUUAAAUGAAUUUGAUGGUGAUUUAUAAAUUUUAAAGAUUACUACAUUAUCUGAUCUACGUUGCAAUCGCCUUACCGUUCGGUUGGUAACGCAGGCUUUCCAGUCACAGAUCCGAUAUGCGGUAUAUUUUAGUAUGGUUUUGUCCAUGUUUUUAAACAAUAAGGCUGGUUAUGAGCACCCUAUAUUUUCUUUCGAUUUUUCUUUAUGAGGCAUCAAUGCAAAGUCAAAAACUUGCCUUGCUGCCAUUAGCAUGACUUGAUAUGGCGUGAUUCGGCGGAUGUGCGUCCUAUGUUUCAAAGGGCUCUUUUAAGAAAAAAACUUACGGAAAGGCUUAUUUCUUUAAUUUUCAAAGUGACCAAUCCGGCUGACCAUCAUUGAUUUUUUUCUUUUCUACGUAUACAUAGCUUGGAUAGGGUCUAUAGGAAUUGCCAUGACCUUUUUCCUGUCUCCUCUAACUGGACGGCUGGGUGACCGCUAUGGAUCUCGUCCCAUAAGUAUCGUUGGUGGCUUGUUUUGUUCCUUGGGUCUCAUCCUGACUUCGUUUGUGAGAAAACUCGACCUGUUUUUUCUGACAUAUAGCGUCUUGUUUGGUUUCGGCGUCAGCUGUUGCCGAACGAGUAACUUCUUGAUUGUUACGAAAUACUUCUGGAAGCGUAGAUCUUUGGCAACAGGCAUUGUGACAGCGGGGGCGGGUCUUGGUGUUUUUACCCUCGCCCCUUUAUGUCACCUGCUGAUUGCCAAACAUGGACUGCAAGGUGCGUAUAGAGUGCUGGGGCUUGUAACGCUUGCGAACUGCAUUCUUCCACUUCCGUACGAUCCCAACAUAAAAGAAGAUGAAGAUCCUGGAAAGAAGAAAGAGACUUUUUACAACCAGGGAGAUUAUAAUCCUGAAGAAUGCACAGCAGAAGCCUCAAGUAAAUGGAGGAAACUCAUCGACUUUUCUGUCUGGAAAGUUCCACUCUUUACUGUUACGGCUGCAUGCAGUACAGCAGUCGGCAUUGUGACAUAUACAGGCCAAUUUCAUUUGGUGAGUAAGGGCCCCUACUUAAUUCUUUGUAGCCUCCCUUGGUACAUUAGAAGUAGUGGUAGAGGGAUGAAAUUAAGCCCCGUUUUGGCCUUCCCCUGCCUUCCGUAUGCCUUCCCUUUAUCAAUAUGCAUAAGUGUCUUCCUGCAUACUAAUUUAGUGCCUUCCGAGUUCCCUUGAUUUUUAUGCAUAAGAUAAGGGCAAGGGUCAUAAGGGUCGAGUCCAUGAGGUCACCCAUUGUUACAACGUAGGGAAAAAGUGCUUUCCUCCAUACUAAUAAGACAGCUUCCAAAAAACAACAAUUAAUAUUAAGUAAUACAGAUUGAAGUUAACAUUUUCUUUUAACAAUUGAACUAAAUUUCCAUUUAGAGACGGACAAUUAGAAAACUUUUCCGGGGGGGCAAAGUACGAAAGACUAUAUUCACUAGUGCAAAUGAGAACUAGGUGAAAAAAAAAAAUGAUGCACGGCAAGCAACCCGAAGAAAGAUAUUCAUUCAAUGACCUAAAAAAAAAUUCAUAUAAGAGAAAUGUCGAGGAAAAGAAAAUUCAUGCGGCUGGAAAAUUCCCCACCCCUCAUAACUUUAUUAAUGCUAGUCAAAAGCUCUAAAAUUCUACCGUCAACCUGUCAAAAUUUGCAAAAUUUAACCGUCAACCGUCAAAGAGACCCUCAUUUUCGUGGAUACCCUUAUUCCGAGGUAAAUGGUCAAUAUUCGCCUCAUCUUGCGUUGUGUGUACAAUUCAGCUUUGUUGGUGCUGAGGUAAAGUGGAAAAAAGUCUCUUUGGUUCUCUCCAAAAUACUAUUGCAGGUGUAACAAUUUUUAUGAAAACGGAAACAUUUAUGUUGUAUUUGUUUUUUCCCGUUGUGUUGUAAUCAGGUUUUGCUUUUCAUUAUUACUUUUUAGGUUCGACAUUGUGAAGACUUGAAUAUAUCCGCUGAUAAAUCUUCUAAGCUCUUAAUGAUAUUUGGUGUUGUCUCUUGCGUGACGCGAGUAGUUGCUGGAAGAUUGUGUGACAUUAGAGGAGUCAAAGCUAUUUACGUUUACCAAAUAGGAGUACUUGUCAUUGGUCUUGCAGUUCUCAUGCUCGGAGUUGCGUCUACGUUUGUCCACUUUGUCGUCAUCACCGUGUUCUAUGGAAUCGGGGAUGGAAUAAGCUUGACAGUUGGUAAUUUGUUGCUUCUUACAACUGUAGAACCUCAGAAAAGAGCCUCGGCGUUUGGGUUGGCCAACAUUCUUAUAUCAAUUUUCACAGCAACGGGUGCUCCAUUAGCAGGUUGGUACAAGGCGCGGCUUAUUAUUAAUCGUUCCUUUUGGCUUUGUUAAAUCAAACCCAUUUAAUAUUAAUAAUAAUGCUAAUAAUGAUAAUAAUUAUUGACAAAGUAUAUAGUAAUAAUAAUAAUAAUGAUAUUAAUAAUAAUAUUAAUAAUAAUAAUUUUUUUGAUGGUAUAAUAAUUUAUUUAACUUUAAAAACAUGUACAUAAUUUACAGAUAUAUUUGAAGUAUGAAUUAUGCACUAUAUAACAUUAAGAAUUAUAUAAAUCAUAAAAAAUACAAUCACUGUGUCAAUAACGAUUUCCCAAAUACUUUCCUUGCGGCCCAGAUGCGAUCAAUAACUCUUGCAGGCGUUCCAGAGUAACAAUUAUUAAUAAUAAUAGAGUUUUAAAUUAUUAAAAGAGUUUUAAAUUAAAAAUAAUAAUAAUAAUUUCGUUAUCCUCUCCCCUUGUGGAGAAAUAAUUCAAAUGAAACAUGACGAGGUUAAGAAUCCCAAUGGUAGGACGCAAACCUGUUUCCUAUUUACAGGACAGACGUAGCAAAGGAUUUGAACUCGCGGCUACUAAGAACAAAUCCAGUUAGCUGUCAGGGCGGGACUUUGAACUCGCGGCCUCCAAACUACAAUUUUAGCGCCCCAACCAUCCGACCAAGCUGUGCUCCUUUAUUGUUUGAGUUCUCGAUGGGAUUUGAACCCAUGACAUAUAACUGAACUCGGGUCUGAGGCGUCCUUUAGUCACUGACCAAUGAAUGAACUACUGAGACCAAUUCAUAGGUCCACAUAUGACGUACGUCAUGUAUGCAGCAACAACCUGCGACCAAGAACAUGUUGAGAACCUGUUAGGCUAAAAUUUGCCAGUUGGGCCCUUCUAAUACAAGAACUUGUCUGGCCUUAAAUUUGAAAGAGGUUCUUAUUUUCUGAAAUCUAUAAAAGUUCAGGGUCCUCUUUAAAGACAAAAGUGCUUAAUAGUACUUAGUACUCCAACUGCACUUGUAGUAUGUCAUGGUAUGUGUAAUCAAAUGGUGACGAGUGAAAUUAUUCCCUAAUUUCACGAGUACGCCAUCUUGAUUACCUGUUAAUAUCAGGGGUGACGAAUUACCUUAGGAAUCUUGGAUUUCUGGUAUGUUUAUUAUCCGGGAUCGUCUCGAUCGAGAACUUCACUCUCUUGAACGUCUGGAGCUUAAAUUUGGCUUAAGUUGAGAAUUUUUCGUCAAAAUACCUGUUAGAAUCCUUCUUGAUGUGCUCUUUCGUGUGUUCCGGUUUUCUAAAAGCGUCUUUUUAUGCCCUGGCAUCUUCAUUCAUGACAUUUUAAAACUUCGUCGCCAUCUUGACACUGAGACGUACGGAAGGUUGCCAUGGCAAUUUUGUAAUUUCACAUGUGGAAUUACAAAUCAUCGCUGAGAUUUCGCGCCAAAAUUAAGGAGUAGUUCGUCACCUACGACAUUAAUAGUAUUACAACUCCCCAAUUAAAACGGACACUGGAGAUAGUCCCUGUAGUUCUUAAGUGAUCUUCUUUGACUCUUCAUAGGGCGGGCACCUCUUUACGAAGGACAAUUAGUGCGUCCAGUAUUUGCUCAAAAGUACUGAUACGUUUCCGUACGAGAGGGUCCUUCCAGCAGUGGGAGUCAGUUGAAGAUAAUUGACUCAGCAACUGCAGGGACUGACCCUCGAUAUCCGUAUUGCACUCUUGACUCAAUGAAAAACUUUUCUUUGCAGGAUUUAUAGCGGACCAAGCCGGUUCCUAUGUUAUAGCAUUCUAUACCGCUGGAUCAUUGGGCAUUCUGUUUGCAUUUUUGCCUUUCAUUUUACUCUGUGCAAAACAGGAAACCAGUAGAGAGGAAGUAGAUUCAUUAACAGUUAAUACUUGA